GAGGCGCAGCCGCUGACGACCCCCUACCCCUACACCUCCUCACUCCGCCGCCGCUGACCCUACGCCGACACCCACCCCCGCCGCUCUGUUGCCGAGCGUGCUCGAUCCGAGCUCCAGUUCCGGUGCAGCUUGGCCGAGUUUCCCAGCCACUAGCUCAAACCCAACCCAGGCCUGCUCGAUUUCGCUUCCUUGACAUCGCCCGCGCACCCACCGCGAGCAGUCGCUGAUGACCACCGCGCCGGUCGUCUCCCCCUCGCUCUCCCGACUACACUCCGCGCUGGCCUCUCCGUUCCCCAAAGCCCCCGUUGGGUCCGGGGCUGGGGUCGCCUUCCCCGCCCGGCCGUACGGGCCAUCGCUUCGCCUGAGGUCGGCCGUCAUGGCUGCCAGCGGCGUCGGCGGGAACGGCUCUCCGAUGGCGCCUGAGGAAUCCGCAGUGUCGUCUAGGUUGGGGGAGGUCAAGAGGGUAACCAAGGAGACAAAUGUGCAUGUCAAGAUCAACCUGGACGGCACUGGUGUUGCAAACUCCAGCACAGGGAUACCCUUCUUGGAUCACAUGCUUGAUCAACUGGCAUCUCAUGGACUGUUUGAUGUAUACGUGAAGGCGACGGGUGACACACACAUUGAUGAUCAUCACUCAAAUGAGGAUAUUGCUUUAGCAAUUGGAACGGCAUUACUUCAAGCACUUGGUGACCGAAAAGGAAUUAACCGGUUCGGGCAUUUUACAGCACCACUUGAUGAGGCAGCAGUUGAGGUUAUACUGGAUCUAUCUGGUCGACCUCAUUUGAGUUGCGGCUUAAGCAUUCCUACCGAGAGAGUUGGCACAUAUGAUACACAGCUAGUUGAGCACUUUUUCCAGUCCCUUGUGAAUACAUCUGGCAUGACGCUUCACAUCCGUCAGCUUGCGGGGAACAACUCACACCAUAUUAUCGAGGCAACUUUCAAAGCAUUUGCCAGGGCGCUUCGGCAAGCAACGGAAUAUGACUUACGCCGGCGUGGCACUAUCCCCAGCUCAAAAGGUGUUCUGUCAAGGUCUUAGUGUUGCAAUGCAAGAUCAAAAACUGGAUGCACGCUAUUCGCCCUCGAAGAAACAGAUGGGUGGUCGCCUGCUAUGUCUCUGUCGCUACUUGGACUUGCAGUCCGCGGGGUUUGGAACAAGAACAGCAUGGAAAUUGCUUGCUAUCCUGUUGUCAUGGUUUGUUUAUCUUGCUACCAUUGGCAUACUGUAUCUGCUCGCAACUGCAGUUUUGCCGGACAGCGCGUACGUCUGAAGAUGAAAAAGCUGCAAACGGCUUGACAUUCUGAAAGUUAUUACCUCUGAUAUAUGGAUUCAUCAUUGGUUUGUGCGGUGUUGCGCCUGUAAUAAUGGUUUGGCCAUUCAAAAGAGUAAAAUGAAAUAGAAUAAUACUCUGUGUGCCGUUUGCACCUCCA